GAUUCGAGGAUGCGCCUUGUACCAAAAACCACAAAGAAAAAGAAAAACCACAAGAAACACAAGCUUCGAGAGCGCUUGGACAUUCCAUGACCCAAUCUUGUCGCAUGUGCAAUCAUCACCAUCACCAUGCAUGCAACCCUGUGACAUGGAGUCACAUUGCAAAAUCAGUUGCUCCUCCCCCUAGACCGGAUGAUUUCACCUGGGGGCUCUUCCGCUUACUCCCUAGCUUACCUGCACAUAAAAGCGUUCCCAAUUUUUUGGGAAAACAAAUAUGCAACCGUCAUUAUGGAAGCUAGACCACACUGCUUCGUCACUUGGCGUCCUGGAAUCUGACCUCAGCACAGUCACCCAUCCCUACUCUCAUCGAUGCCAUCGCGCCAUUAUAGCUAGC